GUGGGAAGAGGAGGAGGUGGGGUGGUGGCGUUCGUGGUGGGUCGUGCUAGGCUCGCGUAUUCUGAGAUCGGGGGGAUAAUUGUCGCUCAGAGGCUGCGGGCGGAGGUGUAUCCUGUGUCUUACCUGAUUGGAUCCAGUUCUGAGUCCAGUUCUGUAGUCUUCAACUUAAUCAACCAGACACCAUGGAGGCACCCCCAGUCACCAUGAUGCCUGUUACUGGGGGCACCAUUAACAUGAUGGAGUACCUGCUUCAGGGAAGUGUUUUAGACCACAGUUUGGAAAGCCUCAUCCACCGCCUUCGUGGUUUAUGUGACAACAUGGAACCUGAAACUUUCCUUGACCAUGAGAUGGUAUUCCUCCUUAAGGGCCAGCAGGCCAGCCCAUUUGUCCUGAGGGCCCGGCGCUCUAUGGAUAGAGCAGGGGCACCCUGGCAUCUGCGUUACCUGGGACAGCCAGAAAUGGGAGACAAGAACCGCUAUGCCUUGGUGCGAAACUGUGUGGACAUUGCCACAUCUGAAAACCUCACAGAUUUCUUGAUGGAAAUGGGCUUCCGCAUGGACCAUGAGUUUGUUUCCAAGGGACACCUGUUCCGUAAGGGCAUUAUGAAGAUUAUGGUAUACAAGAUUUUCCGUAUCCUGGUGCCCGGGAACACAGACAGCACUGAGGCCUUGUCACUCUCCUAUCUUGUGGAAUUAAGUGUUGUUGCACCAGCCGGGCAGGAUGUGGUCUCUGAUGACAUGAGGAACUUUGCUGAGCAGCUGAAACCUCUGGUUCACCUAGAGAAAAUAGACCCCAAAAGGCUCAUGUGACUAAGACAGUCUGUACUCACCUGUUAGAAAAAAGAUAUUAUAGUGUCUCAGUUUAGGGCUGGGGAUAUGACUUGGUUGGUGCUUGCCUAGCAUGUACAAGGGCCUGGGUUCAAUCUCCAGUCCACCAAAAAAAAAGAAAAAAAAAAAUGCCCCAGUUUACCACUACCAGCCA